UGACCUUUAAUAAUUUUAUCUCAUAACAAAAGUGAAAUCCAUUCUUCCAAAAAUACUUCAGUUGCACUCCCGUUAGGCCGUAGAAAUGUCUCUGAAAUUCACAAUUGCCGACAAAGAUUACACCGUUCACCCCGACGAUGUGACGCCAGAAACCACCCUCAACGAGUAUUUGAGAGAAAAAGCACACCUGACGGGCACAAAAAGGAUGUGUCUGGAAGGCGGCUGCGGUUGCUGCAUCGUGGCCGUCGAACGAAUUGAUCCUGCGACCAGAACGAAGAAAAUUUUUGCGGUCAAUUCAUGUUUAGUUUCGAUUUUCUCCUGUCAAGAUUGGAAAAUUCACACAAUAGAAGGUAUUGGUAACAGCAGAAUCGGUUACCAUCCUCUGCAGAAAACUCUUGCUGACGAAAAUGGAAGUCAGUGUGGAUUUUGUUCAGGUGGCAUGAUUAUGAACAUGUUCGCCAUGACAAACAAUGGACCAGUUUCAGCUGAAACUGUAGAAAAUUCUUUUGGAGGUAAUAUUUGCAGAUGUACUGGCUAUAGAGCCAUUAUUGACAGCUUCAAAAAGUUCACAACAACUGAUAUUAAAGACAUUGAAGAUUUUAAGCCUUGUUCUCCUGAAGAGUGUAAGAAUCUUUGCAUCACACCUUGUCACAAAUUGCAAAAAGAUUUGUUGUACGAUUGGGAAAAAUCGAAAUGGAUGAAGGUAUAUUCUUUGCAAGAUUUACUGCAAACCAUUUCCAUAACAACUACAAAUUACCGAUUGGUUGCAGGAAAUACAGCCAGAGGUGUAUACAAACACGACCCUCUCCCACAAACUUAUUUAGAAGUAACUAGCAUAAAAGAACUUACAACUUGGGAAUUGGUGGGAAACACUUUAAUUCUUGGAGGAAAUAUGUCGUUAAAUGAAACUCUAAAUAUUUUUAAUAAAGUUUCCACUCAAAACAGUAAAUUUAAGUAUUUGCAAAAAAUGGCACGACAUAUUGAUCUAAUUGCAAAUGUACCCGUCAGAAAUGUAGGAACAAUAGCUGGAAAUCUGAUGAUAAAACAUACCCAUCAAGAAUUUCCAUCAGAUAUAUUUCUUAUAUUGGAAACAGUAGGAGCUUGUUUAGUUAUCACUGACGUAUUUGGAAAUGAAAAUAGAGUUACACCAGAAAGAUUCAUUUCAUUCAAUAUGAAGAAAAAAGUUAUCACAAAGGUGAUACUGACUGGAAUUAACUAUGAUUAUUUGUUAAACACAUACAAAAUUAUGCCCAGAGCACAAAAUGUUCAUGCUGUAGUAAACGCAGGUUUCUUUUUUAAAAUGAAAAGUGGUGUUGUGGAUACCUGUAGAAUAGUUUACGGUGGGAUAAAUCCACAAUUUGUGCACGCAAUUAGAAUUGAAAAGUAUUUGUCUGGGAAAAGCUUGUUUAAUAAUAGCGUACUUCAAGAAGCUUAUAAACAAUUGUCAAAUGAUCUCAGGCCUGAUUAUAUCUUACCAGAUGACACUCCUGAAUACAGAAAAAAAUUAGCCAUUGCUUUAUUUUACAAGUUUGUUUUGAACAAUGCUCCUUCCGACAAAGUAUCCCCUAAGAACAAAUCUGGAGGAUCGUUGCUCCAAAGGCCUCUAUCUUCAGGGGUGCAAAGUUUUUCAACAAACAAAAAUCUAUAUCCUGUAACUGCACCUUUAGUAAAACUAGAAGCGUUAUCCCAAACGUCAGGUCGUGCGGAAUACAUUGAGGAUAUGCCAGAUUUUCCCGGCCAAACUUUUGCCCAAUUUGUCACAGCUAAAGUACCACCCGGAUCCACCAUUACCAAUAUUGAUGCAUCUCCUGCUUUGGCUUUACCGGGAGUGAUUUCAUUUUACGGUAAAAACGACAUACCAGGAGUAAACAAUUGGAUCCCAACGUUAAUUUGGGUUUACUUCACCGUAAAGGAGGAACUAUUUUGUGAGGGUAAAGUGAAAUAUUACGAUCAGCCUGUUGGUGUAAUUGUAGCUAAAACUCAAGACCUGGCCAAUAAAGCCGCUGAUUUAGUUAAGAUCAUUUGUACUUCUCCCCGGCAAGAAUAUUAUAUAACCGUAAAAGAUAUAUUAAAAGCUUCUAAAGACGUUCAAAAAGAAAGAAUCACCGAGAUGACAACAGUAAUUGCCAAACGAAAAGGAAAUGACGUUCAAAAAGUGGUAAAAGGAGAUUUUUAUAUCGACUUGCAGUACCAUUUUCACAUGGAGGUACACUGUUGUAACGUGAUUCCAGUGGAAGAUGGCCUUGACGUUUAUUCAUCCACCCAAUGGAUGGAUGCAGUUCAGAUAGGAAUUGCUAACGUCUUGGGAAUCAAACAGACACAAGUGAACAUGCAUGUUCGUCGCUUAGGUGGCGCCUUCGGCGGCAAACUGGUCCGCAAUGGUAUAGUAGGAGCAGCAACAGCUUUGGCAGCUUUCAAAACCAAUAGACCGACUAAACUGAGAUUAGAUUUGGAAAGGAAUAUGAACAUGAUUGGUAAAAGAAACCCUUUGUACGUCGAAUAUGAAGUUGGCGUCAACAAUCAAGGUGUAAUACAAUAUUUAGACGCAGAAUUAUAUUCGGAUGUAGGUGUUGGAGGUAACGAACCUUUAGAUCCGUUCAUAAGGGAUACAUUUACUAGCGGUUAUGAUACGGAUACUUGGAAUUACACUACGCAUAUUGUUAAAACAGAUACAACUCCACCAUGUUGGACCAGAUCUCCAGGAUCUAGUGAAGGACUAGCUGCUAUUGAAGCUAUAAUGGAACACAUUGCCACUGAGCUGGGGAUGGAUCCAUUACAAUUGAAACGCGGUAAUAUGAUUAAGGAAAAACACGAAAAACUUGCGCAGUUCACUAAUGAAAUGAUGAUAUGGGCUAAUGUUGACAAGAGAAAACAGCAGAUAGUGCAAUUCAAUCAGGACAAUCGUUGGAGAAAACGAGGAAUAUCAGUUGUUCCAAUGGUUUGGACCUACGACGUAACUGCAAACUAUACUUUGCAUAUUUCUAUUUUUCAUGGUGAUGGUAGCGUUGCUAUUGCUCAUGGUGGCGUUGAAAUGGGACAAGGAAUUAACACCAAAGUUGUGCAAGUCUGUGCAUACAAAUUUGGAAUCUCUAUGGAUUUAAUAUCAAUUAAGCCUUCAAACAGUUUAUCAAAUGCUAAUUCAUUUGGAUCUGGUGGAAGUAUAACAUCUGAGUCAGUUUGUUGGGCACUAAUAAAAGCUUGUGAUGAACUAAUAACACGGAUGAAACCUAUCAAAGACAAAAUGACCAAUCCAACGUGGUUUGAACUGAUUGUCAAGUGUCACCAGGAGUAUGUCCUAUUAACUACAACAUCAUUGUAUUUUCCCGAACCUCCUCAAAUAGUAAAUUACUACAUCUACGGAGUGGCUACCACAGAAGUAGAAGUUGACAUCUUAACUGGUCAAAAAUUAAUAACGAACGUCCACAUAAUAGAAGAUAUUGGCGAAAGUAUGAAUCCUCUUAUUGAUAUAGGACAACUAGAAGGUGCUUUCAUUAUGGGAUUGGGAUAUCACACCACCGAAAAAAUUAUACACGGUCCACAAGGUCAAAUUUUAACGAAUAGAACGUGGAACUAUUAUCCACCGGGUAUGAAGGAUAUUCCAGUAAAUUUUAACAUCAAAUUCCCAGAAAAUAAUCCUAAUCAGGUUGGAGUGUUGCAUUCAAAAGCAAUUGCUGAGCCUCCAUUUUGUUUGAGCAUUUCCGUACCUUUGGCCAUCAGGAAUGCUGUUGGAUAUGCUAGGAAGGAGUCAAAAGGUACUGCCGAUAGUUGGUUUAAGUUUGACGGAUGCACCAAUAUUGAACAAACCUUCUUGAAGAGUUUGAAUGAUUUUAAACAAUACAUAUUAUAACUAUUUUAUAUAUAAAAUAUAUUUUUUGUAUAUGAAAUUAAAACAACAAUAUUUACAAAGACAAAUU